AUGAGGAACUGUGGGGACGGAGAUGAUGGUAGAGCAACAAGAGAGCAAGCCGCGAGAAUACAUUUCACAAACACUGUACUAAUUGUGUUACGCCGUGUCUUUGCUCGUCACUCCAACUAGGCGGCUACGUGACGCGUCACUGCGCAUACGUGUAGCAGUGACGCCACAGCCUCAGAUGAUGAGACUUGUGGCGUCGGGAUUUUGUUUGAGACCGGGAGGGUUUAUGGGAAGUGUAAGCAGCGAGCCGGCACCGCAGUGUGUUAAUGUCCCACAUCACUUGUGCCACGUUGUUUCAGUAACAAUCCCUGGGAUUGACUUGUGGUUUCCAGGUCCAGCAUUAAGUCUAUAUGAAAUCUCCACAAGUGGAAUGUAAAGAGUCUAUGAGCCCACUGAGGAUCAGUGUGGCUGGUCUUCCAGUUCUGGCUUCCAUGACGAAGACCGCAGACCCCCGGUUCAGGCCGCGCUGGCGUGCCAUUCUUCUCUCUGGGAUUGCAGUUGCGUUUUUGCUGUUACUUCUCUGUUACCAUCGCUCCUCGGGGCCACGGAUACAGGUGGCAAAUGCCCACAACUGGAGGAUGGUGCAUCAAGUGGCCGGGGAGCUCUAUAAUGACACUUACCCACUGACGCCUCCUCUCAGGACUCCGGAGGGGCUUCGCUACCACAUUGCAAUAAUCGCCGAUUUGGAUACGGACUCUCGAAGCGCCAAGGCUAAUACUUGGGUCAGCUAUCUAAAAAGGGGUUACCUGACUCUAUCCAGCAGCGGAGACCAUGUGGCGGUCGAAUGGGAGAAAGAGGACAUUGUGUUGGAAACGCACCUUGCGGAAAAGGGGCGCGGGAUGGAGCUUUCGGAGCUGAUUGUGUUUAACGGGAAGCUGUAUUCUGUGGACGACCGCACGGGGGUGGUGUACAGAAUCGAGGGGAGUAAAGCUGUGCCGUGGGUCAUUCUCACAGAUGGAGACGGCACUGUGGGCAAGGGUUUCAAGGCUGAGUGGCUGGCAGUUAAGGAUGAGCAGCUGUAUGUUGGUGGUUUGGGGAAGGAAUGGACUACUACAUCCGGGGUUGUGCUAAAUGAAAACCCUGAGUGGGUGAAAGUCAUUGGACCACGGGGUGACACCCAACAUCACAACUGGGUUUCAAAUUAUAACCAAUUGCGAUCAGCUGCUGGCAUUCAACCACCAGGGUACUUGAUACAUGAAUCUGCAGCAUGGAGCGACUCUUUGAAGAGCUGGUUCUUCUUGCCCCGUCGUGCCAGUCAAGAACAAUACAGCGAAAAGGAGGACGAGAAGCGCGGCUCCAACAUUCUUCUUCGUGCUACUCCUGACUUCUCAGACAUCAAAAUGUCCCACGUGGGAACACUGAAUCCCACGCACGGCUUCUCCUCCUUCAAAUUCAUUCCAGGAACAGAUGAUCAAAUCAUCGUGGCUCUGAAGUCAGAAGAAGAUAACGGCAAAGUAGCCACAUACAUAACUGCGUUUACAUUGGAUGGUAGAAUUCUCUUACCGGAGACUAAAGUAGGAAAUGUUAAAUAUGAAGGAAUUGAGUUCAUCUGAAGUCUCUUUUUAAGCACCUUCUUCUCUGAUCUGACUGCUACCAAGUUUCAGUGGACUCCUGCUGGGGAAUAUUUAAUUAAUUUAAUCAGACAUUUUGGGUCUCCACUAAAAUCAAUGAUCAAAUAUCAAUUAAUAGGAGUAUUAUGGGAAUUUGUUCACAUUAUAGUGAAUGGGGUGAUUAAUUUUUCUGAUAUGAUUGAAUCCGUUAACUGACUGUCAUGUUCUCCAUUAUCACAAGAAGCCUCAAUGUGUCAGGGUACCUGAUAUCCUUUUAUUAAACAAUGUUUUUAUUA